CGCAGGACACUGAAACCGCAGGCCUGUGUAGGGAGCGGGAGCACGAGUCAAGGCGGCCUCGUUAUUCACAGCGCAGACAGGCUAUCUGCCAAGAAGGGCGCUGUUAACGCUGCGCAAGAUGAAGGCUUCACUCCUAUGCUUUCUGGUAAUAUUUCUGGUUUUUGCGAGCGCACAAUAUCGUCCGUUGUUUCGCCCGCCUCGUCCACAAAGACCUUCCCUCUGCGCCUGGCCAGAGGACUACCGGGUCUGGACACUCAAAUGCAUGUAUGGCCGCGUUGAACGCGAAGUGAAGCAGCUCAUGAACUUCAUUCUCAAGAAACAAAGGUGGAGUGUUGAAGAGUUGUCACGGGCAUUGUGCAAUCCGUACGAGGUGUUCAAGCUCAGGUUGUACUUCAAGAAAAGGGCGGAUCAGAAACUUCUGAGAGAAGCCACUGUUGAAGCGGACAAGUGCCUUCGCUACCUUCUCAAGAAUACAAAUAACGCUUGAGGGUUAUAAGAAAAAGAAACCAUUAAACACAAUAUUCGAAACCAUGA